GAGACUUGGGCUCAGGCCCCGCACCCCUGUCCAGCUGCCCUGCACCGAGGUCACCUGGUCCGGUCUGGUCUCCGCUGCAGUCCGCCUCUGGGGCGCCCGGCCACUUCCCGCCACCUCCCCUCCAGGCGCCCGGCGACCUUCCACCUCUUUGGCCCGGAGCCGGGUGGAUCGGCCGGACCCGCCCCCUCCCGGGCCCCUCCCUCAAGACCCUAGGCUGGGCGGCCCCCUCCCCAGCGGGGCCUGACACUCCCCGGCGCACACACCCACCUCGGGGCACCUCCCCGCCCUGCUCCGUCCCGGGACGCCGCCCCCUUCCCGCCCAGGGCGCUCACCUGCGAGCCCUCUCCCCGGCGGGGCGCCGGGCUCCCCUCUUCUCCCGUCCUCCCUCCCCCAACUAGUACCCCUCUUCCCGUGCCUCCUAACUCCUGAAAGCUGCUCCCGCGUCCGAGUCGCCAACCCCAUGCCGUUCCCAAUUCUCCCUCUUCCAGCUUCCCCCUUCCAGGGCCGACGGUAGAGAAAGACUUUAACUCCAGAGGCUUCCUCCUCACUGGGGAAUUGCCGGAAAGACCAAACAAAAAAAGGCGCUGGUGUAGGCUCCAAAAUAAACACAUCUGAAUUCGUGAUGGCAUCGACCGAGGCUCUUAUUGGAUUAAAAGUUUCAAAACAAACAAUAACGCUUUGGAAAAAGGUAAUUAGAGGUUCAUCAAGUGAGAUGUGCCAGCACACAUCUAUAAUGCCAGCAUUCGAGGAUAGAAGUUCUCUGCAUCUUGAUUGAAUCUUGACAAGCGUGGUGGAAUUUUGCUUAACCUAGAGUUUGCCUCAGAGUCCCAUAUCCAAAAGCUUUUUGUGGGAACUCUGCAGGGUUGAAUGCCUGCCUGUACCUUCAGGCACGACCAUGGAGAAAAGUGGGAACAUACAAUUGGAGAUCCCUGACUUCAGCAACUCUGUCCUGAGCCAUCUAAACCAGCUGCGCAUGCAGGGCCGUCUCUGUGAUAUUGUGGUCAAUGUACAAGGACAAGCUUUUCGGGCUCACAAAGUAGUACUGGCUGCCAGCUCCCCCUAUUUCCGGGAUCACAUGUCCUUGAAUGAGAUGAGUACUGUCUCCAUUUCAGUCAUCAAGAACCCUACUGUUUUUGAACAGCUCCUUUCUUUCUGUUACACAGGGCGGAUAUGCCUACAACUGGCUGAUAUCAUUAGUUACCUAACAGCUGCUAGUUUUCUGCAGAUGCAGCAUAUUAUAGACAAGUGUACUCAAAUCCUGGAGGGCAUUCAUUUCAAAAUUAAUGUAGCUGAGGUGGAAGCAGAAUUGAGCCAAACUAGGACAAAGCAUCAAGAGAGACCUCCAGAGUCCCACAGAGUUACACCAAAUUUAAACCGUUCACUUAGCCCACGACAUAAUACCCAAAAGGGAAACUGCAGAGGACAGGUUAGUGCUGUGCUGGAUAUCAGAGAGUUAAGUCCCCCUGAGGAAUCUACCAGCCCUCAGAUAAUUGAGCAGAGUUCUGAUGUAGAGAGCCGGGAGCCCAUUCUUCGGAUCAAUCGAGCAGGACAGUGGUAUGUGGAGACAGGAGUAGCCGACCGGGGUGGCCCAAGUGAUGAUGACUUUAGGGUUCUUGGAGCAGUGCACAUCAAAACUGAAAACCUAGAGGAAUGGCUUGGGCCUGAGAAUCAGCCUUCUGGAGAAGAUGGGAGUAGUGCAGAAGAAGUCACAGCCAUGGUGAUUGACACCACAGGCCAUGGUUCUGUAGGACAGGAAAGCUACACUUUAGGGUCUUCAGGAGCCAAGGUGGCCAGGCCGACAAGCAGUGAAGUUGACAGGUUUAGCCCCUCUGGCAGUGUGGUUACCAUGACGGAGAGACAUAGAGCCAGAAGUGAAUCUCCUGGGAGAAUGGAUGAGCCUAAGCAAGCGAGCUCCCAGGUGGAAGAGUCAGCAAUGAUGGGAGUUAGUGGCUAUGUAGAGUAUCUCCGAGAGCAGGAAGUAUCUGAGCGGUGGUUCCGGUACAACCCCCGUCUUACCUGCAUCUAUUGUGCCAAAUCUUUCAACCAAAAAGGGAGCCUGGACCGCCACAUGCGCUUACAUAUGGGGAUCACACCAUUCGUCUGCCGCAUGUGUGGCAAGAAGUAUACCAGGAAAGAUCAGCUGGAGUAUCACAUCCGCAAACACACCGGCAACAAGCCCUUUCACUGUCACGUUUGUGGCAAAAGCUUCCCCUUCCAGGCAAUCCUGAAUCAGCACUUUCGCAAAAACCACCCUGGCUGCAUACCGCUGGAGGGGCCGCAUAGCAUCUCUCCAGAAACAACCGUCACAUCUCGAGGACAAGGAGAAGAAGAGUCACCUUCACAGGAAGAGACAGUUGCUACUGGGGAAACUGCCCAGGGUUCUGUAUCCACCACUGGGCCAGAUUGAAACAGUGAGGGGGAAGGGGCAGACCCUCUUCCGCUUGGGGCUGUAAGCAGCCCACAUCAGGGCCAUGGACUGGUACUUAGAUACACAAAAUGCCACAUCAUGAGACCAGAAGAUUGCUUCCAAGAUAUUGCCAAACUAGAGGAUCAACAGUACACAAAAGCACUAAAGGCUCUACCCCACUUCCACCCCACGUCACACUUUGGAAAAUAAUUGAGCAAAUCAACUUUCUAAUUCAGGGAUCAACAGCCUUGGUUUGUUAACUUUAUAAGGAAAAAAAAUACUUUUUUUAAACAAAACUGAUAAAUGAUCAUUUCUCUACAUGUCAUGUUUGAACACUGUACCUUGGUUCAUGUCACCUUGGUGGCUGUUACUGCCCAGAUUUAAAAAAAAAAAAAAAAGGAACAGGAGCCUUGGCCAUCUAAAGCAACCAACAAUGAGAGAGAGAGAGAAGGUAGUCGUGAUAGUGAGGAAGAAGAAUCCCUCCUUUUUCUUCCCUGCCAGACCUGCAUCUUCAUAUUUCAGAAGAAAAAAAUGAAUGAAUAUCGGUGGUUCUUGUUCUGAAAGGUUAGACAUUAUCUUUGCCCUACCUAGGCAUCUAAUACUUUGCCUGGUUGCUUCACGUCAUAAGCCAUCUUGGAGCAGUAUUCUAAUGGGCAGCAUCACCGGAAGCACUUUAGGCAAGUACAAGUGAAAUGAAGUAGCAAGGUAUUUGCAGUAGGUACUGCUACAUUAAGGGGCUUGAUUGUUUUGCUAAGGAAGACAGGAGCAGGGAAAGGGAGUCAUUUUUAUGUUUAACAAAUACUUAGUAGCACAGAGCCUAUUGCAACUGCCUGACUGAUAUUUAUGAACAGAUAUGUCUAUAUACAUCCUUGAGUUUCAAGGGAAUGGCUCUAGUCCAGAAUGAAUUGACCUGUUAGGCUGACUACCAAAGUUUCAUCCAGCCUCCUCUGGCUCCUAGUUUUCACAUAACAGCAAUAUUGCUCAUCAGAAAUGUCGCUUUUCAAUGAAAUAAGCCUGGAUUAUAUUUUUAAAUCCACUGGUCUCCAUAUUUGAUAACUUUUAUAUGAAGUUUGAAACACAUUUUUUUCUGCAAUACCUAGUUGAAAUUCAAACUAUUCUUACUGCAACCACAGUUUCAUUUCCUUCUAUGUUAGUUUGUAUUUUCGGUCCAAUGAAGAACCUCACUUAAGUCUAUGUUUCGGGUCUACAAACUUGAGAAUUCAUAAACCAGCCAUCAGCAAAUUGAUGGUGACUCCAAGAGCGUUGAUUAAAAAAAAAAAAAAAAACACUACAGGGCACUUACCAGAAAACAUCAUGCACAGUUGUGUUGCAAUAAAUGAUCAAGGGAUCACUUUUGAUCAGGUUUGGUUACUUAAUCAUUCCUAAGAUUUUUAAAACUUCAAGGGACCUUUUUUUAGUAAUUCCAAGUUUCUCUGAGAUUCUUAAUCCAGCACUAAGAGAAAGAACUUACCAAACAUGUACAGCUCUAGAUGCUGUGUCUUGCAUGCAGAGAGGAGGAAAGAUAACAAGGGGUAUAGGUAGACAGUUGCCUACAACCUCCCGUGCAAACAGAAAACAGAAAAAAAAAUCGCUAGCUUCUCUUGAUUGAUUCUGUGUAAUACUUAAACUUUUACUGGCUUAUGGAAUUGUUUUGGUACAGAGGCAUAGAUGAUUGUAAAAGAGGUUUGGAGAGGGACUGGUCAUCCCUGCACUGGUGAGCCACUUAUGAGAAUGUUAGCCUGUGUGCCUCUUUCUUGAGAAUGCUUUGUGGUAUGAGGAAUGCUGGCUAGAAAAGAACAUGUUAGUAUUAAAUUAGAAUGCGAAGGGUAGCUUUAAGCAAUCUGAUAAUUGUAUAUGUAUUUACAGCUAUACUCUAUCAUUACAGAAAGAUUUUCUCUUCUGGUAAAGUAGAGAAACUCAUCUUUUGGAGGUAUGUAAUGCUGCCAUUUGAUAAGAGCCUAUCCUUAACUGCAGCAUUGAAGCUGUAUUCUGUCUUUAGGAGGCAUGGACUGGACUUCCUGCUGUGAGUUGGACAGCAGCAUGACUGGAUAAAAACUGUCUCCUUGAGGGAUCUUAAAGAUUGGCUAUGCUUUGUGGCAUAGAAAAACUAGAGUUGAAAUCUGACUGAAGUGCUUAGGGAAAGUUUUCAAGGCUGUCCGUGGACAGGCUUUGCCAUUACGAAAUAGGCAAGGAGCUGGGAAGUACAGAAGAUGCUUCUUUAGAUGGAGCUUUUAAGCCUACCAAAAAAUUUUAAAUCUACCAUACUUUUGACAUGUAUGCUUGUCAAAAGCAGUACUUUGUUAGUUUCUUAGAUUACAUAUGAAAAAAUAGAGCUUUUUAAACUAUUACCAAGUUGUAAGGGCAAAGUGCAAAGAGAAACUUUGCAGCAUUUGUCAGCACUCCAUCCAGGGAAAGCAACAAACAUCUUCAGUGAAGUAGGGACUGUCGAGUUCAUGUGGAAAUGCUCUGCCUGUGUGUUGGGUUCCCCUCCCUCUUCAUUCACUUGUAAUAGAUUUUGACUGUAUCGAUACUGUGAAUAGGGUGCUUCUAGUUGUCCAGAACCACAUCAGCACAGUCAUGCUGCCUGGUUCUCUUCUCUUCAUUGGCCUAGCCAGAGUCAUGAAAUUCAUGACAGUACAAGCCAGGCUGUAUUUUAAACAAAGCUUCUGAAACUAAUUUCCCUGUUUUAGUUACAAGAGAUUAUUAUUCUAAGAGGCUAUCCAGGAUUCUUAUCCAAGUUCACUGUGAAAUUGUUCUAGUUCUUAGCUAACACCACUGUAGGGUCUAAGGAGUUUGUAAUGUUCUAUCUACAUCAUAUUGGUCUGUGUGCAUGGAGAAUACCUCUUAUGGAUGUACUAAAUAGACUAAGUGAUGCAGAAAAUUCCUUACCAGACUUAUCUUGUACGUGUCACCUUGUGAGGGGAACUGCAUUAGCAGUGCGGGCUAAAUCAUCAUUAAGUACCUUAAUGGCAUGAAAUUGCAAACACUGGGACUGUACUGAGUCACACAUAAUAGCAGAGGGGCUAUCCAGUAUUCUCUACAAAAGAAGAGAUGGCAAUCUAUUGAUCUCUUAUUAUUCUAAAUACACCUUUAUUCACUCUGAAUUGUGAUACCAAUAUAAAAUACAGCAUUAUCAUGACAAUGUACUGUACUGAGGCAGAAAGGCUUUCUAGUGACUUGUUCUCAUUUUACCAGAACCACAUUUACCUCUGGAUUGAGUUGAUUUUCAUGUGUAUGUAUAAGUUGCAAGUGAGUUAACUCAUAAGACCUCAUUAAAUCUAAUCUUGACUGCAUGAAAAUUAAUUCAUUUGUAAAGGGUAGAGAUUGAAAAAGAAAAGAAAGAGCAAUUAAGGAAAGUUUUCUUAUUAUUUUCUUUUUUUUUCUUAAUGUGAGUUUCCAGUUUCUUGUAUGUCUGUCACUGAAAUAGGGCUUUCCAAAGAUGAUGUGAGCAUCAUGUCUACUACUCCAAUUACAUAAUCUGAAGUCUGGCUUUGGUUGGAAGUUGUUUGGUAGAAGAGUAAAAUACAGAAUUUCAUUUUUCUGUUUUGUUUUGUUUGUUCCUGUACUGGAGCUUGAACUCAGGACCUCCUGCUCUUAUUUAGCUUUUUUUGCUAAAGGAUUGCACCCUACCAUUUGAGCCACACUCCUCUGUUUCCCAAAAUUUCAUUUUUAGUAGCUGUGUUCUGUAGUUAGAAAUAAAUUUCACAGUUUUAGCUGUUAAUUGACACUAAUUGUGUUUCAUUUAACUGGUAAAAACUAUGUUUCUGACUAGAUCUAAUUCAAAGAAAUGAAAGUAAUGAAUAAUGGGAAGAAAAUUGAAUUGAGCAAAGAUAGAAGUCAUUUGAACCACAAUGGUAAGUCACAAAAGUACUGUAAUCCUUUGAGUUGUUUUUUUUCAGCUAAAACAAGCAUGAUUUUUUUUUUCUUCUUCACAUAUUCUUCCCUUUAUUUGUGUACUCUGUCUUUGAAAAUGUAUCUCUUAUACCACAUGGGAGUUUAAAAAUUGAAAUAUUUUGACAGGUGAGAUUAAAAAAAGGGACAACAACUUGUCGGGUAAAUUGCAAUUUUAAAAGCUGUCUCUUAGCAAAAUAUGUUCUUAAGGCUUAUGAGUUAAAUCAGAGUUCAGCAAACCACAGCCCCUAAGUCAGUUCUAAAGGCCAUUGCAUAUAUAUGCAUAUGCACAUACAUAAAUAUGUGUGUAUGUUUGUGUGGACACACCUAUUUGUUUGUUUUUUGUUUUGUUUUG